UACAUUCUAAGAAUUACGUGGUGAGCUGUGAGCUGUGGGCCAUUGAGGUGCGUGAAACCUCCAUUCGACACACUGUUUAAUCAGCAGGUGUCUCGCUUUGAUAAUACUUAAAAGCAAAGUUGGUGCAUCGGUAUCCAGUCUGUAUUCGCCUGCCCCGGUAAACCGAGUACUCUGAUAUAAGUUAGUAAAAGAAAUAGUUAUUACGCCGAUUAUGGUGUACGUGAAAUUCCUCAUUAUAGCUGCAGUGCUCUUCGGCUGUGCCAGCGCUAAAUUCGUUUGGGAACCUGACACCGACGACGACUUCCCUGCAUUUCAACCAUUUAAAAUGCAAAUGCCCGAACCGCCCACCCCUCCCCAAUUCCCCUUCGCCCCGUUCCCUCCGUUCCAACCCUUCGCUCCUUUCCAACUGUUCCCUAAUGCUUUUAAUUUCCCGAUGCCCCAUAUAUUGACCGCCGACGAGAUUAAGAAUGCGAAGCCAGGACCCGACGGCGUGUACAACGGUGUGAUGGUCUCGUCCAGCAGCAACUCAUACGUAGACAAGGACGGGAAAGUCGUGAAAAAGGGAGGCACUGCGGUCCUCACCAACCAGGAUGGAAAGGUGCACGAGUGGAAACAGGGCAAUGCACCACCUGAUCUCAACAAACCUAUCCAGGUCGGGCCGCUGUGGUGAAGUUCCCUCCAUUUCCCCCACACUACCCAAUACUAUCAUACAAUACUGCUACUAUACUAUUCAACAUUAACACUUACAUUUUUAUUUUGAGUACAAAGACGAACUAUUAUUUUUGGUUUUAUACUGUUUUACUAGACUAACGUAGCGGGAGUUCUUUAAUAAAAAUUUCUAAUUCCA